GUAAAAAAUGAAUUCUAAAUAAACCAUCUAAGUGUAAAUGAAAAGAAAGAACACCUAUAAUGAAUCUAAAAAUAAAAAAAGCUUGAACAUUUUUUCUCUCCUUUGUGUGGGAGUGGUUUUUUUCUCCUCUGCGUGGGAGUGGCAAACUGUAAGCGUCGACGAUGGCAGAGUCAAGUGUUAGAGAGCUAGUGCUAGCGCUAGGUGAGCGGUUGGCUUUAACAGCGAAUGAAGACGUGCGGUUGAGUUUGGACGAUAGGGAUGAUGCGCAGCAGCGUGGAAGAGGGGAUCAAUGGUGUUUGGUGGGUACAGUUCUCACUCGAAAACGGUACCAUAUGGAAUCAAUGGAAAGAACUGUGGUUGAUGUGUGGCGAUCGGUGAAGGGGAUGCAUAUGAGGAUUUUAGGAAAUAAUCUCUUUGCCUUCUAUUGCUUCCAUCCAGUUGAUAUGCAGCGGGUGUUGGCUGAAGGGCCAUGGCGGUUCGACAAUCAUAUUAUGAUCCAUAAUCUCUCCCUAGAUCGUUUGACGGUGGAGUCUGACAAAAACAUAGGAAGCGUAAUGGGUAGACUUAUCGAGGUGGAUGUCAGUGAAGGGAAUAUUUGGGGGUCAGAGUACAUACGAGUUAGAAUGGGUAUUGAUGCUCGUAGGCCUUUAAGACGAGGCAUGAAGUUGACACUCAAAGGAAAGCCGUUAUGGGUGUCAUUCCGGUAUGAGCGGCUUCCAAACUUCUGCUAUUGUUGUGGCAUGCUAGAUCAUGUUGAGUGGGAUUGUGAAGUGGGACUAGAGUUAGAAAGCAUGGGGAUGGUUGAACGGCCUUACAAUGAUGAGCUGAGGGCAAUCCCAUGGAGGAUACGACAAGGGAGGAGUUCUGGCCAGAAAUUUGGAGAUGAUGGUGGAGGAGUGGAUGAUGGAAAAAGGGUGAUUGAAGUUAAUGCGGAAACUAAUAGGCGGGAGUUGUGUGGUUUGAAGGGGGUUGAGAUCGUAAGGCCCAUUACUAGAAAAGAUCAGAGUUGUGUUGAUACUGUGGAGGGAGUUGGGCCUAGAAAUGCUCUUGGGAUGGUUCAAGGUCUAAAAAACACCCUCAUUGUGGACAAUAUAGGUGGCCAAGGUCCAGAGACAGAUAUAGCUUUUGUCUCCUCAUCAGGCCCAAGUAACACUCCUUUUAAGAGAAGAGCUUGGAAGAAAGAGGCUUGCGAAAGAAAGAGCUCAAGUUCACAAUUGAAGCAUAUUCUUAGCAGGGUGAAACGAAAAGAUGAGCAAGAGGUGGUGGUAAGGAAUGAGGUAGAAGGGGGGGAGAAGCUUGUUGGUCACAUGAGUCUGUUAUGUUGGAAUUGCCGAGGGCUUGGGAACCCUCACGUAGUUCGUAGCCUCAUUGAAUUGGUGAGGUGGAAGAAACCCACAGCGGUGUUCCUUAGUGAAACACAACUAGAUAAGCGAAGGAUGGAGGGAGUUCGACGUCAGUUGGGUUUUAAGAAUUGUUUUACUAUUGAUAGAGAUGGCACUGGUGGGGGUUUAGCGAUGCUAUGGCAAGAUGGUGUCAUUUUAUCUUUAUUAUCCUACUCUCAAAACCGUAUAGAUAUGGAGGAAGAAAAAAGGGGAGGAGAACCACAACCAGAGUGGUUGCUAAAUGGUUUUCGAGAGGUAGUGGUAGAUUGUGAGCUUACAGAGGUACGGAUGAUAGGGUUCCCUUAUUUAUGGAGUAGAGGGGGAGCGGAGGAGAAGUUGGAUAGAAUUUUGGCAUCUAGAGAGUGGCAAGCCUCUUUUCCACAAGCAAUGAUUAUUUUGAUUCCUAAAGUGGGGGAGCCAAAAGUGAUGGGGGAGCCAAAAGUGAUGGGUGAUCCACAUCCAUUUAACCUGUGUAAUGUGAUAUAUUGGAUUAUUGCUAAGAUUACAGACAAUGUACUUGUAGCCUUUGAAGCGCUCCAUUAUAUGUAUUUUAGGCGGGAGCAACAACGAGGGUGGCAAGCCAUCAAGCUUGACAUGAGUAAGGCAUAUGAUAGGGUGGAGUGGAGAUAUCUAGAAGCUGUAAUGGUGGCGAUGGGUUUUGAUGAGAGGUGUACUGGUUUGAUUAUGCAAUGUGUUAGUAUAGUGGAGUAUGAAAUCCUAUUAAAUGGGAAGGAGGUAGGGUCUCACGAGCAUGAUCAAGGACGCCGAGAAUCAAAGGUUGCUUCACGGGAUCAGGUGAAAGAAGCAGAAGUAGUGCAGCAGAUUUUGAAGGGGUAUAGAGAGGCUUCAGGCCAAGUUGUGAACUUCCAUAAAUCAUCUAUUUUGUUCAGUAGGAAUGUUCAGCGAAGGGUACAAAAUCAAAUUAGUCAGUUGUUAGCUGUACAAGAGGUAGAACAUCAUGGCCGCUACUUAGGUCUUCCUACCCAUAUUGGCAGAUCAAAAGUGGAUGCUUUUGCAGGCUUAAAAGGAAAAUUUUGGGCGAGGAUUAAGGAGUGGCAUGAGCAGUCUCUCUCACGGGCGGGUCGUCUUGUACUCAUAAAAUCUGUGUUGCAAUCUUUACCCACUUAUAUUAUGAGUAUUUUUAAACUCCCCAUUACUCUCUAUAAAGCCUUGGAAGGUAUCAUGAGGAGAUACUGGUGGGGAGGGGGUAAAGACAGUCACAAGAUCCAUUGGGUAGAAUGGAGGAGAUUGACGAGACCAAAGAGAGAAGGGGGAUUGGGCUUUCGGUCGCUUCACAAAUUUAAUAUGGCCAUGCUAGCCAAGCAGGGUUGGAGAUUGAUAAGAGAGCCAAACUCGCUAGCUGCUAGAGUUUUAAAGGCGAAAUACUUUCGUAGAACUGACUUUCUACAUUCAAGAGAAGCAUAUAGUGCUAGCCUUACAUGGAAGGGUAUCUGGGAGGCAAGAUAUAUCCUCCAAGCAGUUGUCAACGGCGUAUCAGAAAUGGUAGAAGCACUAGGAUAUCAUGUGGCCUGUCAAUCUCAUCAAGAUCCUCAGCAACCAUCCUCCUUUAUAGGCGAGUUUCGAGGACAAACUUUGUGGAGGUUGGAGCUACCGAAAAGGAUUAAAGUAUUCCUUUGGAGUGCUUAUAGGGAGAUACUUCCAACAAAGGAAAACUUACGUAAGAGAUGGGUGGACAUUGAUAACUACUGUCUAGUUUGUGGAGAGAUGACUGAAACGAGGGCGCAUGUUAUGAAGGAUUGCCAGUUUGCACGAGCUGUAUGGUUGGGGAGUCAGUUAAACCUUUGUGUUGCGGAUUUGCAGUUUGUUGGUCACUGUGGAACAAUCGAAAUGAUAUAUUAUGGGAGAGUAAGAGGCAACAACCACAGCAAGUUUGUGGGAUGGCGGUUUGAUUUUUGCAGGAGUACGCUGAACUGUAAACACAAAUGUGGGACGCGAGGAGGACCAAGGAGAGGGGAGAUAAAGCGGGAACCACCAGAUGAAUCACAUUUUAAGCUAUGUCAUGCCGAUGACAAGGAACUUUUCGAGUCGAGGCGGUGGAGGCCUAUGGCCUGUGUGAAGCGUUGCAGUGGGCAUACGAAAUGGGAUUAAGGAAGAUUAUUGUUGAGUGUGACUAUGUGGUUGUCGUAUAGUGGCUGGGGUCUCAACAUGUAGUGUUGUUAUCAGAGUUAGGGGGAGUGUUGGAGGAUUGUAAAGGCUUGAUGG